GACGCCGAAUUCUCUUUCGUCGUAAAAAGGAAAAGCACACAAUAUCGACAUUAUGCUUUCUGAACUGAGUCCAGACUCAUCUCUGCUGAUGCCAGACUUUGAUGGCUACAAGCUCAGUCUGGACAACGUGCCAAUUUACACGCACCAACUCACCACUGGAGUGAGCCACCGUGAGCCGACCUCGCACCAGUUUUCCUUCGCGUUUGUCCGUUUGUUCGGACUGCACAACCACUUGCACGGCGAUCCGUGCACCAAAGACCAAGUCUUCUUGAUCAACGACAAUGGGGAAAUUGUCAAACAUCUCUGGAAUAGUGACAAGCGGCUAUUUGAGAGCAGCGUGGUGGCCUCCACAUCGACAGGCGCUGAAUGCCGGGUGCUCAACCCUUCCCUCUGCCUGGACGCUCCGGGACAUGCUGCUGCGAUGACGGGCGGGGCUGAUGGAUUGCUCACUGUCUUUUUCACUGGAGACCGAACCACCAAUGAAGAAUGGAAGCAAAUUGCCAGCCUGAAAGUCAGCACGCCAGGAGUGGUCCGAAGCCUUUCUUUCGACCAGGAGAAAAACGAACUUCAAAUUCUGGUCGAGUCUGUUGUGCUAAAAGACGCGUUUCCGGAACUGGAGUCGCUCAAAGAGGGCGAGGCAGCCACACUGAUCCACUGGCUGAAAGUCAAUCCGGAAUUAGGCAAAGGUGACGACUCGGUGGUGUUUCACAAGAAGAUUUGUGUCCACGGCGUGGUUGAAUACGUUGCACUGGAGGAGGGUGGACAGGCAAUCUACAUCUGCAGUGAAAAAGAGCCUGUCUACGCUUACGACUCUGUCAGGCCUUGCACGCCUACUCUUGAAAGAGUACUUCGUGAGCCAAUAGCUUACACGUGGAGCCAGACCGAAGAAAAUAUCAGUGUGUCCUUCAAUAUACCGGCUGGAGUCGACAGCAUAAACACAGAAGUGAAAGAGCAGAACCUGAAGGUGACCAUUGCCAGUCCUUGCGGACAGUUUUCCAAGGAGGUCAUCAAUGGCACUUUGGUCCAAAGCGUUUUGCCCGAAAUCGACACUAAAAAUGUGGAUGGAAGUGUUGAGUUGCGCCUGACAAAAACGGAAGCUGGCGUGGAUUGGUUUGAAUUUAUUCGAAAUGACCCUAACGGAACCAUGGCUGCGAACGAGGUGGACGUCGAGAAGGCGAAUUCGUGUUUGGAUAAAUAUACGUCAGAAAAGCAGGCAAAGGACGCUGAAGGCUUGGGCCAUGGAUUCAACAACAGCCAGCUAGAAGAGUGCGACGAGUUGCCUGCCUCGAGCAAACUGCAGCGUCUGCCACUCGAAUCGCAUUCACCAAGCCACAUUGUGCUGCUGAGCAGUCAGCAGUGGCUGGGCAACAGCCGCACUCCGAUUGCGGGUCAGCAGCCGACCCUGCUGCUCCGACACGACGUGGACGCGCUCGUCUGGCAGCCCGGCCAUCACCUCGAGUCGCUCACCCAGCACCUGGCCACCUUUCCGGGCUUUGGCUACGUGCAGGCGUCCAAGACGAGUAAAAAAUGGCUCGUGUGGCCGCCUGGCGCCUCCUGGGUGGCCGUUGUGGACACUCACCGCCAUAUUUACCUCUACCACCAGCCGCAACCUCUGCAGACGCAGCUGAUUAAUAGGAAAUCUGGUCAAAAAGUGAAGACUGUAGCUAAACAGCAGGUGGUUGGCCUGCCUGACAACUCGGCCAGGGUCCUCGGCGUCUACCCUGAGGAUGAUAAACUUUUUGUUCUUCUCGCGAAUAAUUCCAUUGUUGUCGUUCAAGUGAACCAAGCUUAAAUUUACAUUUUUUUAAUAAAUAUUCACAGACAGAGCUUUUAAAUUAAUCACGGUGGUGAAUUAAUUUCUAUUAGAGAUCUCAGCCCGCGAACAGGGCUUAAAAUUAAAAAAUGCCGGAGGGAAAAAAUGUCUUCGGACCUUCGGGCUUUUAACUUCUCGUUUAAAAUAUUAUCGCCAGCCGCUGAUACCUCUGUUCAGAUCAGGGUCCUUUUAAAACGCCAAUGGCAGCCAUCUUUGCGCAGGGAUUAAGUUUAAAAAUUUUAAACUGCUGUUCAUUUUAGUCAAUUUUAUUUAAUUUCUCAAAUAACUGGUGUUAUUUCGAGCUUGGAUCGGCCACAUACUCACAGAAUAAAUAAAUUUAUUUUUGUAAAAAUUUAAAAAAUAUUAAAAACUUCGUUCAAUGAAAAAAAGAAA